GGGCGUCGGUUCCGUCGCCCUUGGGCGACGGCCCGGCCAUCUCGGCGGUCAUGUUCACAGCCGGCGUGGUCGGCAACCUGACGGCGCUGGUGCUGCUGCUACUGGCGCGGCGCCGUCGGCUGGCGCGGCGGGAGCGCCUGGCGCCUUUCCACGUGCUGCUGAUGGCGCUGGUGUUGACCGACCUGCUGGGCACUUGCCUGCUCAGCCCGGUGGUGCUGGCGGCCUACGGUCAACAACGCAAGCUGUUACAGCUGGACUGGCGCCUCUGCGACUACUUCGCCUUCUCCAUGAGUUUCUUCAGCUUGGCCACCAUGAGCUGCCUGGGCGCCAUGGCGCUUGAGCGCAGCCUGGGCAUGGCCGCGCCGUACCUAUACGAGCGGCUGCUGAGCGGGCGGCCCCUGGCGCUGCUGCUGGGAGCCCUGGCCGCCCUCUACGGCCUGGCCGCCGCCUUCUGCGCCCUGCCGCUGAUGGGCUUCGGCAGCUACAAGGACUACCAGCCGGGCACGUGGUGUUUCAUUCACAUGCGCCCGGAGGGCAGAGCCGGCGCCUUUGCGCUGCUCUACGCUUCGGUGGUGCUGCUGCUCUUCCUAGCCGUCCUGUUGGGCAACCUGGUGGUCAUGGUCAGCCUCUGCCGCAUGUACCUGAGGCGGGCGCACACCGGCCUGCCCGGUGCCUGCCGAGGCCCCACGCUGGGCGCUCAGCUGCGCGCUUGCCGCCAGCCGGAGUCUCGCGGGGAACGCGUUCAGAGGGCCCGGAGACCCUUCUCCAUGUCCGAGGAGCUGGAUCACCUCAUCCUGCUGUCCAUCAUGACCAUCAUCUUUGCCGUCUGCUCCCUGCCUUUUACGAUCCACGCUUUUAUGAACCAUUUUAGUAAAGACUAUCAAGAAAAGGAUCUUCUAGUAGCGAUGCGGUUUCUAUCUGUUAAUUCCAUUGUGAACCCCUGGGCGUUUGUCAUCCUGAGACCACCUGUCCUUCGGUUACUGCGAUCCAUACCGUGCUGUCAGAUACCCUUAAAAUCACAACCAAACAAUAGGCAGAUGCCUGUGGAACAGAUGGACAGUUGCAGACAAUAGAGUACAGACUCAGAGAAGGCAUUCAGGUGCCCAUUUCUCACGGCUCCUCAGGGAAAAUAUGGAACUGCGACUGAAAUUGUAGCAUGAACUCAUUUCCUGGGGUCAAAACUCAGUUAUAGCUUCCAUGAUUCCGAGCUGUGUUCUUGUUCAUCAGAAGGAGACCUGAGAGGAUUCUCCAAAUUCACUCAAUCCUAAAUAUUCCCAAUCUAACUGCAAGACAACAAUGGGCUCAAGAAGCAGAUUGGAAGGAACUGCCUUUUGCCAAUCCUGGCAAUCCUUUAUCUUGCUCUAUCUUGUUGCAGUGUUCAAGGAAGCUCACAAUAUUUCAGGCUGGGAUUUUUCCCAGUUCUACCUGAAGAGUGUCCACAGAAACGAUCGAAAAAGUCAAGAUGGUGGCUCCGAUGAUCUUUUUUCAUGAGUGUCACAUCUACAGAGCUUCAAUCGCACUGAUGCAGAAAUAUCUUGAUUUGUUUGACCAUAAACCAUGAUCAUCUCUUGUGCUUUCUCUCCAAGAGUGGUGCAACAUCUAGAGAGAAAGAUAAUUAAGGACGCACACUAUGCAUGGGCCUGGGACCCCAGAAAAACUUAGGAUGUAAAGUUGUCACUGAACUGCAUGUUUUACAUCUACCAAAGAAGGGAAAACAAUUCAAUACUUAACUUAUUAAUUAAGCAACUUAUUUAAUUUAUUCUUUAAUUGCACAUAGAUGAAAUAAAAUAAUCAAUUUUUUUAAAAUCCUGACUCAGCUUUUUGUGGGUCGGGGGGAGUACCCCAUAUAGGCCAAAGCUGACCUUUGUCGUGAAAAGCUAUGGUCCCUUAUAAUAGCAUUUGGAUUUUUGAUUAACACUUGGGUUUUUUUAAAAAAAUAAACCUUGGGAUACACUAACUGGGCUGCAGACAUCCAGAUGAAUACUUGAUGGAACAAAGAUAUUUUUGUGUAUUUGUCAGCUAUCUAGUAAUUUUUUUAUUUUUUUCAUCUCAGAUAUGAUAGCGCUUAGUUGUUUGUACAGUGUGAUCAUAGAGUGAAUAUGACAUCCGUGACAUUAAAAAAAAACAGAUGGUAUUUCACUGCCAUCUUCACUUUAUGAUCACACCUUGCAGACAUCCCUGAUAUCUCUAGCAAAGUUUUACUGUAUUCCUUUCAUUUUCACAUUUCUAUUACCUCUCCCUGCAUUUAAAUAGUUCAGAAAUAAGACCCAUUCAAUCCAAUGGGGUUUAUUGCCAGAUAUAUGAGUUCAGCAUUACAGCAAGCGUUAAACAAAUGAUCAAUCGGGUCUGUUUUUCUUAAUGAGGAAGACAAAUUACCCUGAGUCAUUAAGUCAAUGCUGUGAGUUUAUAUGUGUUUUGCCCAGAGUAUGCAUAAGCCACUUGUAUAUCAAAUCAAAUAUAAGCUAACAUAGAAUUUGCUUCUUUUCUACAAUCAUAAAGAAUUAAUGAUAUUAAUGAAAUCAUGAUCAAACAAAACAUCAGUAAGUGUACUGACAAAACCUAAUCAGCAUUUGUGGCUCAUAACAACUGACCCAUUUAUUGUAGCAUAAAAGUUUUAUGAACUGCAGGCCACCCCAUCAAAUAUAUGAAGUAUUAUAUCAAGGGACCAGUAUAUAUAAAUUCCUAAUUGAGAGGGGAGAAAUGCAAAUGGCAAGGCUAAUGAGAAUAUAUCAUAGAUACUCUUCAUAAAAGUUAUUUAUUGACAUUGGAUAUUUACAAAAUAGAUGCAGAGAGAGAUGUGUAUUGAUGAGUUAAUUUAUACAAAUAGUGUGUGGGGUUGUUUUUUUUAAAGAAAUCUAUUCUGCUUUAUUCAAGUCACGGGGCAUGGAAUGAGCCAGAUGUGUAAAAGUAAUCAU